AUGAGAUCAAUAAUUUGUCUUUUACUUCUUGUUGCAAUUUCAUGGACUCUUUUGGAUACUGUAGAUUCAGCCGGAGUUCCAGCAAAACGUGUUAAAAGACAAUAUUAUGGUGGAUACGGUUAUGGUGGUUAUGGAUGUAAUUGUGGAACAUAUGCACCGUGUACUGCACAUGGAUAUUAUGGCGGAUAUGGAUAUGGGGGUGGAUACGGAGGAUAUGGGGGAGGAUACGGUGGAUAUGGUGGAUAUGGAUACAAAAAGUAG